AUGAGUUCGGAGCAACAACCACCCAUCGUCGAGGCGGACCCGCGCGGUGACCUCACGCUCAACGUGGGCAACCCGAGCGAUGAUCCAUCUUCGUCACGAUGCUUCCUGGUUUGCUCCCGAACCCUCGCCAGGAUCUCACCCGUCUUCGACCGCAUGCUCUACGGCGCCUUUGCCGAGUCCAAGGGCAAGCACACUGCUGAGGCAGCUUGGACCAUAGAUCUCCCCGAAGACCCCCCCUUUGCAUUCAACAUUUUCGUCACGAUAUCCCACGGCUUUGUUCACAAAGUCCCCCGUUCUCUAUCCCUCGACGAGCUCUACGACCUCACUGUGUUGACACACUACUACGAUAUGACGCACAUCCUCGCCCCUUGGGCCUCCAGAUGGAUCGCCUCCCUUCACGAACCCAACCCGGGCUCUCCUAUCCUUCUCGCAAAGCUUCUAUGGAUCAGCUGGGAGCUCGGCCGCGGUCCCCUCUUUGAGUCUACCGCACGGCGAAUCCUCACAGAAGCCCCCGGCUCUCUCCUGGACCCUGAUUCCCCUUUACACACUCUUCGAAUGCCUCCUGACAUUUUCGCCAUCCGCAAGCAGACCAUCCAGGCCAUGCUCGACGUCUUCUACGACCUGGCCGAGCAUCUCGUGACGGUCGACGAGAAGCCGCGGCUGUGUCGCCACGCGUCGUACAUGGGGCCCCAUCGAUGCGAGUCCAUGAUCCUCGGGUCUCUGACGUUCUGUCUCACGCGCGCCGGGCUCUGGCCGCUGCCGGAGGCCACGGAGGUGGACCACAGCAUCUCCGCGCUCUAUGAGAUCAUGGCCAACCUCGUCAUCCACGAUAUCGGCCAGCCGACUAGGGGAGAUGCGGACCACAGUAGCUGCAACCCGAGGACGGACAUUAUGAAGAGGAUCAAGGGCAUUUUGAGGGAGAUGCCGAAUCCGGUAUUGGACUCCCACGUGAAGGAGCUGGAUAAAAAGAUGACCAUAAUUAGUCUUUGA